UGUCUGCUUCUGCUCCCAUUGUGUGUGUCUUCAGAUCUAUCUGAGGCCUCGUUCUGCUCAGUGGGGUCUGAUUCAUCAUCAGGGUUCAACUGUGAUUCUUGAAGAAACCAUAGCAAGGAGAAGAAAUCGGACUGAUAGUCCCGUAGACAGUAAUGCAGCAGGAGAUAUGAUCAGUGCCAUCCUUGACUUGAAGGCAGGUGGUGAAAAGAUAUUCCUUGAGUUUGCCAAAACCAAGAGUCUCUCUGAUAGCACCCGUAGGCUAUUAGUGAACAUGCUUGUGGCAGAUAUGAUUGAGAAGCAUGGGAGGGUCCCCCCAUCAAGUGUGUGCACCAAGCAUGCCCUGGGAAUCGUGACUUUAUUACCCUAUUUGAAGGAUCCAGAUUCAAGUAAUGGAUAUGAACACUACUGCGAUGCCGAAAGUGGAUCGGGUUACCUGGCCUGGAGGAUUAAGACUGUCCAACGCAACACAUCACAUGGGACCAAGAAGAGAUCCAUGUCCACAUACCAAGAUGGUCCAAAGGCUAAGCGGGCUUCACAUUCAACUGUUGACGAAUGCAGAGAGGCGAUAUCUGUGCUUCAGCAUUCAACUGACGAGUCACUGGUCAAGGAGAAGAUGAGGGCAACAUUCAAACACAGACAGAACAUUGUGCAGGAUCCAGAGAAGUCCUCAACCAUCUUGGGCGUCUUCCCCCGAUUCCUUGACAUACCAGGCUUGAUCGACCAAGACUUCACAAUGCUGUUUGGAGAGGAUGCAUCUGGCAAGUUCCUGGCGAAAUGGCCAACUUUGUUGAGACCAGGGUCAUCGCAGACUGCAAGAACCUACCCCCCAGUGCCCAUUUGGAAGCCCUCCUCUCUUCUGUGCAGCACGACUCUGAUGAUUUGGGUGGGGACGAGCAUGGUGACCUUCCUUGCGCAAGUUGGACGUGAACAGCCCUUCCUCCUCUGUGUUGGCGAACAAAAGAACAUCAUCCAGAUAUUCUACAUCGUCGUUGACCAGAAGGCCAUUCCAGUUUAUACUCUGAUGUUUCCACAACUAGUUGGGUGAAGAACUAUGGAAGCGAGUAUCACAUUGGUAUGUUUGUUUGCUCAGGUACAGAAAGUGAAAUGCCUGUAUUCAAGAAGAUCAUUAAUGUGAUUGGAAAAGAUGACCAAGCUUUUCUUUUGACCUCGAAUGUUGCUACAUUGUGUUUUGAUGAUUACUUAAAUGCAUUCAGCAUUGAAGAAAUAAGUGAUGCAUUUACUGUGAUAUGUGUAGAAGACCUGGUUUACCAUAGACCUUAUGACAGACAGUUUUCGUAUGACACGGAUGAUGAGAGAACAUACAUUGUCCCAUACUGUCACAUUGUAUGACUCGCAUUUUGUUUUUGAUGUGUGUAGAAGAGCUGCUUUACCAUCGGCCGUACAUCAGACUGUUUUUGUAUCAUACUGAUAGAGAACACAUUGUCACAAGUUGUGUCAUGUUUACCUGUUCAAUGUGAGUCAGGGUAAUGUCACGUGUUGAAUGUGGUGUACAUGUUGAGAUUAAAAGAAAUAACAGCAGAUUCUGUGCUGUGUUUAUUUUAGUUGUAAGUACACUAAGGUUAAAGGCACAAACGCAUUGGGGGGUACAGGGGGUAUUAUAUGGCUGGAAUGGUUAUAAUUCAAGUUUACAUCCUAUAGUGUGAACUCUAUUAGAGUAAAUGUUACAGUGUGAG